AUGGCAAAUUUGGACUCUCAAAUGUCGAAACUCGAAAGGGCUGGUGCAAAAUCGAUAGCGAAGGUCGAUUCGAACGUAGGUGGAUCAGAUGUACACCCUCUGGAGAAUAAAAACACACCGCUUCGCAAUCCGGAGGUUAAAGGGCGACAGAAUCCGAAAAAACUGCACCGAUUUGCUGGAGAUGAAUCCUCAGAAGAAGACGACUAUGAAAGCGAAGAGGAGCAUUCUUCUGGCGAAGAAAAUACUGAUUCUAGUGACAUUGAUUACGAUUCGAAAAAUACAAAAGUGAAGGAAGAUGGGAACAACGAUCUAGUUGGAAAGCUUCCGGAUAACGAUAAGCGUGAGUGGGUCCGCUACAAACGUGAAAAGAAGCGAGUCACGCUACGGACAUUCACCGAUUUUAUUUCCGAAAUAGUAGAAGAAGCUUGCGAGGCAAAUGUGACGCUAGAGUAUAAGCCCGUUACCGAGUUUCGAACGGGCAAAGACCGACAGAAGGAGAAAGGCGGAUUGUUUAACCAUAGCAUCAGCGAGAACACGAGAGCUAGCAAUGAAGAACGGAAGAGGCAAAAACCUUGCAGAGCAUGUCAGCGCACUGAUCAUCGACUGCGUUACUGCCAGGAUUUUAGAAACCUCUCGUACGCAGAUCGAAUGGAAAUAGUAGAUCAGUGGGGUUUGUGCUCAGUGUGCCUGAACGAACACGGUAUGGCUCAAUACGUCGUUGGUACGAGUGCCCAUAUUCGAACCAACAACGUGACAUUGUUCCGAAUGAUUCCAGUUAAUCUCCACUGGGGAGAUCGUACAAUCACAGCUCUUGCGUUUUUGGAUGAAGGUGCUUCCGUGACGCUGGUAGAAAAAAAUAUAGCAGAUCGUUUAGGUGUGUGUGGCGUCCAGGAAAAGCUUACGAUUAGGUGGACGGCCGAUAUAACACGAGUAGAAAAGGAGUCGCGUAGGAUGAAUCUUUGGGUAUCCGCCGUCAGUGCGGAUGACAAAUUGUUGCUGAAGUCAGUUCGCACGUUGGAAAAAUUAAUGCUACCCCAGCAAGCGCUAAAAUCAAAGGAGAUUGCGGCACAGUACGCUUACAUGCAGGGACUAUCGAUAACAUCGUAUGAUGGACGACCGGAAUUACUCAUAGGUUUGAAUAACAUCCAUUCGUUCGCACCGACGGAAAUAAAGGUUGGGACGGAGACAGAACCUAUUGCAGUGCGCUUUCAUCAAGAGGUCAGCAAUGAACAACUGUACGAUUUGCUGAAGACCCACUAUGCAUUAGAGGAAUCAGUGGUUUGCGUGCCAAGGGAAUCUGCAGAAGAUAAAAGGGCUCGCGAAAUCCUCCAGCGCACUACUAAACGAAUUGGAGACCGCUUUGAAACCGGGCUUCUGUGGAAAAAUAACGAUCCGCAUUUCCCGGAUAGUUAUCCGUUAGCCGUGAAAAGACUGAAGCAGUUGGAGAAAAAACUGGAGAAGAAUCCAGAGUUGUACGAGAGCGUAUGCCGACAAAUCGAUGAGUACCAGGAGAAGGGGUACGCGCAUUUAGCAACUCCUGAAGAGCUUGCUAAUACAGAACCAAGAAAAAUAUGGUACCUCCCUUUAAAUGUCGUCUUGAAUCCCAGGAAACCAGGAAAAGUACGGCUCAUCUGGGAUGCUGCAGCUGCCGUGCAGAACGUAUCACUCAACUCUCAGUUAUUAACGGGUCCUGACAUGCUUGUUCCGUUGGUUACAGUAAUAAUCGGAUUCCGAGAGCGCAAAAUUGCCUUUGGAGGCGAUCUGCGUGAAAUGUAUCACCAAGUAAAAAUAAUCGACGAUGACAAGCAGGCCCAACGUUUUCUUUUCCGAAAAAAACCCCAAGACCCGCCAAAUAUUUUCGUUAUGGAUGUUGCCACAUUUGGAUCCACAUGUUCUCCCUGCUCAGCUCAAUACGUGAAAAACUGUAAUGCACUGGAGUAUGCCGGACAAUAUCCAGAAGCAGUGGAAGCAAUUAUAAAUCGCCACUACGUCGACGAUUAUUUUGAUAGUGUCGAUACCGUUAAGGAAGCAAUUACCAGAACGAAUCAAGUAAAGUUCAUUCAUAAAUGCGCCGGAUUCGAGAUUCGCAAUUGGGUAUCGAACUCGUCUGAAGUACUGCAGAGCUUGGGAGAGGAAAUUUCAGCUACAAAGGUCCAUUUCAAUCAGGACAAGAUUACGUUACAAGAGCGUGUGUUGGGUUUGAUAUGGAAUCCAGAACAUGACGAGUUUUCCUUCUCCACACAGCAUCGAGAAGCAACUCUUCCAUACCUUCGGGGGGACAAACGGCCAACAAAACGAAUAGUGUUGAGUUGUCAUCUUUGGCGUAGCGGUUGCGACUGGGAUGAUGUAAUUUUCGACAGCUGCUGGGAGAUGUGGAAACGAUGGAUCGGUUUACUGGUGGACGUAGAAAACGUACGCGUCCCACGAUGCUACUUAGGCGAUUCAGUAGCGGCGAACGCAGAGUCAAUAGAGAUCCACAUUUUCACCGACGCCAGUGAAAACGCCUAUGGAAGCGUUGCAUAUCUCCGGGCGGUUUUCAAAGGCGAGGUGCGGUGCUGCCUGGUUAUGUCUCGAGCGAAAGUAGCUCCGCUGAAACGCCAAUCGAUACCUCGAUUGGAAUUGAUGGCUGCUGUUCUAGGGGCUCGAAUGAGCCAGACCAUACUAGCAAAACAUACGUUGAAGAUUGACCGUUGUAUUCUGUGGACAGAUUCCAGGACAGUGUGCAGCUGGAUAAGCUCUGACCAGCACAAAUUUAAGCAGUACGUGGCUUUCAAAGUUGGGGAAAUUCUGGAGCUAACUCGUGUAACAGAUUGGCGAUGGAUUCCGACAAAGUUGAACGUGGCUGACUUACUAACUAAAUGGGGUCGAACUCCGUUUUUGCACAGCGACGGAGAAUGGUUCAAAGGUGCAUCUUUUCUUUACAAUUCGGAAAACCAAUGGCCGUCUACGAGUAUACCAGUUGAAGAUGCCGACGAAGAAACUAGAGCUCACGUACUGUAUCAUGAGGUCAUCGUUGAUAAUAGGUGCUCGCGAUGGACCACAUUACUUCGAGGUACAGCAUACGUGUUAAGGUUCCUGAACAACUGCAAGCGAAAGAAAAACAAACUUCCCAUCAUCACUAUGAAAGCCACGGAAACUCAGCGGAAGUUGAUCAAAGCGAAACAUGAGACGAUUCAGCUGCCACUAAGCAAAGAAGAGUUCUAG